AUGGAGGCACUUCCAACUGAAGAUGGCACUUGCGCCAUCUUUGUCCAUGCCGGGGCUGGCUUCCACAGCUUCGAGAACGAACACAAGCAUCUGAAGGCUUGUGAGGUUGCUCUCAAUGCUGGCAUGUCGUUUUUGAAGAGCGGUGGUACGGCUGUCGAUGCUGUCGAAGUAGCUCUAAUCAUGCUCGAAGACGACCCAAUCACCAAUGCUGGAUACGGAAGCAACUUGAACCAUGAAGGUAUAGUUGAGGGCGAUGCGUCGAUUGUCGACCAUCGAGGUAGAAGUGGGGCUGCCGGCGCCGUGCCCAACGUGAAGAAUCCUAUCUCUCUUGCCCGAAAGAUCUAUGACCAGUCCAACAAGAACGUCGGCAUCUCGAGAGUGCCUCCUAACUUCGUCGUCGGAGAAGGCGCCAGAGACUUUGCGUGGGAGAAUGGUAUUCCCGUCGUCCCAAACGAGGAAAUGGUUCACUCUAGCGCAGGGGGGCGUUGGAAACAAUGGAAAGAGGACGUUGAAGAGUAUGAGCGUGAAAACAGCUGCCAGACAGCUGCCCCCUGGCUUCACCGACCUUCCCUGUCGGUACAGGAUCGCCUUGAUCAGCUGAGAGAACGUGGAAGACUCGCUGCACAGAGUCGUCAGAGGGCCGAGGAGGAGAUUUCUGACUUGGGCCAACCUCAUUCGCAAGAACAUACCACCGAAACCAAGACUGCCUCGUCCUUGUCGUCUCGAGAUGGUAGCCCCGACAUGGAGACCGAUACUGAAAGUAAUACUGACACCAAGCGCAGCAACAGUGACAAAGAUGAUCACGAUAUGAUCACAGACACAGUUGGUGCCAUUGCCAUUGACAAAUGGGGAAACAUUGCCGCGGGAUCAUCUUCUGGUGGCAUUGGCAUGAAACACCGAGGCCGAGUAGGACCUGCGGCUCUUAUUGGCAUCGGCACUCACGUUGUCCCAGCAGAAGCGUCUGAUCCAGACAAGACCACUGUUGCAUGCGUCACAUCCGGAACUGGAGAGCUUAUUGCCUCGGCUUUCGUGGCUUUCAACCUCUCACAGCGCAUCUAUUUCGGUCAGAAGAAGUGCGCGAAUGGUAACUUUGAGCAUGCUACGGAUCAAGUAGCCAUCUCUGAGAUGUUCAGGAAUGAAUUCACCCGUUAUCCUGCCGUCGCAGACAGCUUCAUUGCUGGCUCUCUCGGAGCAUUGAUCGUAAGAAAAGAUGCCCAUGGCAUCGAGCUCUUCUUCGCCCAUAACACCGAGUCUUUUGUCAUCGGCUCUAUGGAUAGUAAACGAGAUAGGCCUGUGUGUGUGAUGUCCCGCGGCCCCAAAGGAGGCGUCUUGCAGGGCGGUUCUCGCGUUCGCUGCUAA